AUGGCGCCUACGACAGCCUCCGGUCAGCCAGGGGUCACUGCCUUUGAGCACCUGGACGACACCUUUGGCUCCUUCUCCAUGAUCAGGCGUUACACGCCCAUCUGCCUCUUCUUUCCUCUUCCCGAAGAUACACCUUCGUUACAGAUGGAGGUUGAACAGCAUCUUAGACGCGCUCUGGCAAAGCUCGCUCACGACAUACCCUGGGUAGCCGGUCGUGUCGUGUACGAGGGCCGGGACGAGACCCACUCGGGCAUCCGCAGGGUCGUACCGCACGCCGACGAGAUCGAGCUGGUCGUCAGAGACAGCACCGCCGAGCUCCCCAGCUUCCAGGAGAUGCAGGCCGCCAACUUCCCCAUGCACCUGCUGCAAACGGACCUCGUCGUGCCGCCCAUCGCCGUGACGUGGGCGGCAUCCCCCUACGACAACGACAUGAUCGCCCCGGUGCUGGUCCUGCAGGCCAACUUUGUGCGCGGCGGGCUGGUGCUCACGAUAGCCAGCAACCACACCACCAUGGACAUGACGGGCUUGGGCAUGCUCAUUGGCUUUUUGGCCAAGGCCUGCCGGGGGGAGGACCUGACCUCGGAAGAGACGGCCCAAGCAAACCAGGACAGGCGCAACGUCAUUCCCCUUCUCGGCGACGACUAUCAACCAGGUCCCGAGCUGGACGAUUGCUUCAUCCCGCGGAUGCAAACACCACCACCAGCAGCAACAACAACAACAACAACAACAACAACAACAACAGCCGCCACCACCACCACCACCACCACCACCAUCCAGCCCAGGCCCGCAAAGUGGGCAUACUUCAACUUCCCCCAGCAAGCACUCAAGGACCUCAAACUCGAAGCCAGCAAACAGACCAUCGUCCCCUACAUCUCAACCGACGACGCCGUCACGGCGCUCUGCUGGCAGCGGACGCAGGCCGCCCGCGCCGCCAAGCUCGGCCGGGGCGCCUCCUCGACCAUCGCGCGCGUCCUCAGCAUGCGGCACCUGCUCGGCCUCUCGGGGCCGGGAAGACACUACAUGGGCCACCUGACCGACUGCGCGUACGUGGAGCAGGCCGACGUGUUCGGGCAGCCCGUCGGGGACGUGGCCGGACGGCUGCGGGCGGUGCUGCGCGACGAGGACGGCCAGCGGCGGCACUUUUGCGCCUUCGCCACCAUGGUGCACCGCCUUGACGACAAGUCGGUCCUGGCCAACGGCGCCAGGCAGGAUCCGCACUCCGGGGUCAUCGUCUCGUCCUACGUCAACGUCAAGACGGGCGCCAUGUCGUUUGGCCACGUCCUCGCGCGCCCCGUCGCCACGAGGAGGCCCAUGAUGGCGCCCUGGCCUAGUCUCUUGUACCUGAUGCCGCUGGAUGCCAAGGGUGACAUGGCCGUGGCCUUUUGCCUGGCCGAGGAUGAGAUUGAGACGCUCAGGAGGGAUGAUGCGUUUUGCAGAUAUGCCAACUACGUGGGUUAG